GGCCGCGGGGCCGCGCUGGCGGAGAGCGGCUGUGGGCGCGGAGCGGAGCGGAGCGGGGUAGCUGCGGCUGGGACGCGUGUGCCCGCGGGUCAUGGACGGGCGGGCGGUGCUGGUCCACGCGCUGCUGGCGGCAGUGUGCUCGGUGGCGGCGGGCGGGCUGGGCCGUGCCGAGCUGCACAACGAGGUGCUGCACAAGGGCGGCGGCGGGGCCCCGGCCACGGCCCCGCUGCUCGCCGGCAGCCCAGCGAAGGAGGGCGUCGGAGCGGCGUCGGGGGACGACCUCAGCGACCUGCCGAGAGUUGCUUUCCUGUCAAAGCCUCAGGGCCUGGUUACUCCCAAGAAAAAAGGGAAUGGGAAUAAAAGAAGAAAAGGCAAAGGCCUGGGGAAGAAGAGAGACCCGUGCCUGCGGAAGUACAAGGAUUUCUGUAUUCACGGCGAAUGCAAAUACAUCAGAGAGCUGGGAGCUCCCUCCUGCAUAUGCCAGCCAGGAUACCAUGGAGAGAGAUGCCAUGGCCUUUUGCUGCCUGUGGAGCACCCCCCCAGUGCAUAUGACCACACUACAGCACUGGCUGUUGUUGCUGUCAUCCUGUCCUCCCUGUGUCUCAUCAUCAUCGCAGCCCUGCUGAUGCUCAGGUGUCACAAGAGGGGUGUCUACAAUGUAGAAAAUGAAGAGAAAAUCAAGCUGGGCAUCGCUGUGAGUCACUGAGGAUGCCGGGUGCUGGCAAGGGGUCGGCACUAACACACUUCUACCUCCUGGAAGACAUGAGAGCCAUGGAACCAGCGCCGUCCCUGGGAGCCUGAAGCCUGGCAAGAGCUCACUGAAGCAGCAGGAGAGCACCUGCUUUGGGGCUGGUUGGGCAGUGGUGUCACUGCAAGCAGCUUUGUGGCUAACUAUGGGAUGGAGGGGGCUUGACAGAGACACUUGCCAGCCAGGUGACUGCAUGGAGGCAGGAGGGACAGGCCAGUCUGCAGCAGAGGGGCUCUUGGGCAUCUCCAUCCGCUGUAGUGAUGCUGAGGAACAAACUGUGAAAGGUGAGGAAACCAGGCCCGGGGCUUUCUUAGGCACAGGAGGGGUGGGAGGGUAACAGCUAUUUAACAAUAUAUUUUUCAUUUUAAAUUAUAUAUUUAUUUUAGAUAAACUGUACAUAGUAUUUAUAUUUAUUGUAGGUCUGGCCCUGCCUCCUUCGUGUAGGUCAAGAUGACAGGGUCAGACCUCCCUUAUUUUUUAAGUGCAAUGUAAUAUUCUAAUAAAUAACACUUUGUUACAAACA